UUGGGGUCUAUAUAAAGAAAGGAGAUCUAGGAGAACUCAACACUAACAAGAGUCCAAGAUAUUUAUUUCUUUUACACACAUCUCCGAGUCCACCUAUAGUUUUAUACAGAGAAGGGAGUGUUGAGAUAUUACUACUCGCUAGUACUAAAUCAAGUGUCGUUGAAUAAAAACAAAGAAGAUGGGGGCGCUGGAUCAUAUUUCUGAUAUGUUUGAUUGCUCUGGCAGAAGCAGCCAUUCCAAGUACAAGAAACGCAAGCAGUUGCAGACCGUAGAAGUUAAAGUGAAGAUGGACUGCGAGGGUUGUGAAAGGAAGGUGAGAAGAUCCGUGGAAGGAAUGAAAGGUGUAAGCUCAGUUGAUAUCAAUCCUAAGCAGCACAAACUCACUGUUGUUGGUUAUGUAGAACCAGAAAAAGUGGUGGCACGUGUGGCUCAUCGCACAGGCAAGAAGGCGGAGCUUUGGCCAUAUGUCCCAUAUGACGUCGUUGAUCACCCUUAUGCCCCCGGUGUGUACGAUAAGAAGGCUCCAGCAGGGUACGUGCGUAACACUGAGUACGUGGACCAGCGUACCUCCCAGCUGGCCCGUGCCAGCUCUACUGAGGUGAGGUACACCACUGCCUUCAGUGAUGAGAACCCCCAAGCUUGUGCUAUUAUGUGAUCAUCAACAGUCCAAUGUGAAAUUUACUAUGCUACUGCUCUAUACAUUUAUGUGUUGGUUGUAUGUGUUUUAGAACAGAAGGACAAAGGGUUUGGCCUUGAUGUAAUAACUAUUAUCUAGCCGGUGAAUGUAUUAUUGCAAAAAUUUAUUUUGAAGUUUAAGAUUUGCUAGACAAUACAGUUUUGUGGUAUGAA